CCAUGUCAGAUGGGCUUCUGAGUACUGUCCACCAUGACCCUCGCACUGGCGACGAAGGCCCGUCGACCUCCUCCUCUAGUGCUCGACAAGUCUCAGAGGUCUCGCACCACACGACCGAGCCCAGAAAACCGGAGCAUGAUAGUCCUGUCAAAUCCGCCCCUACAAAAAGCGCAGAUCCGCCUUUCAAGUCGAAACUCCCUUCCAACUUUCUGUGGAUCCCGGCUAACUGGACAUGGUCCAAAUUGAAGCCAGUCAUUCGAUGUGCUUUGGCAGGAUGGGUGUCUGUUCUACUUAUAGUCAUUCAGCCUGUUUUGCGGACUAUGGGUCAGGCUGGCUUCUUGAUAAUAAUCGCUGCAUUUCUUUCUCCGCCAAGCGAUCCUUUCAUCGCUAACCUCGAAAGGGAGCUUGUUCUUUUGCUCUUUGUUUCAAUGGCAUACGCAUGGAGUUGCUUGGGCAUAAAGCUUGCUAGUCUAGCACGCACCAAUUUUGUCCCAAACGCAAGCAUCAAGUCCAUCUUCUCCGGCCAAUAUAUCGAAGCUGCUCCGUCAGUCAUCAUGGCCAUAUUCCUUUUCUUUGGCGUCGUAUUUUUCUUGUACAUCAAAGCCCGGCAAGGUCCUGGGCCAUUUCUAUUCGCCACUAUCUUCGGCUGCAUCUGUCUUGAUAUAUCAUUGACGACUGCCGUUUUCUUCCCAUACCCAUACUAUCAAAUUGGGAGAGCCGUCGUCGUUCCUCUCGCACUUCAUUCUGCUGUAGCUAUAAUAACGUCUGCUCUCAUCUUUCCAUCCACUAUGUCCGCACAAUACACGGCCCGCUUCCGAGCCGUGCUGGAGCCCCUCGUGGCAGGCCUUCAUCAUCAUCGCUCUCUGCUUUCCAUCCCUACCUCAUCCUCUGACUUUUCUCCUGCUGAGGUAAUCGCAUCUGUCGCGAAGGCAGAAGCAGCGCUAGCUCCCCUUGCUGCAACUGCACGUCUCCUAAAACGCGAUUUCUCAUGGGCACGCUACUCUCCCACCGACUUGGCCAGUCUCCGAAAAAAGCUGCUACGCAUGGCGGUCCGCGCGAACGGAAUGACCGUGUAUUUUGGGCUUAUCGACCCGACUCGUGAGCGUUUCCCCAUGACGCCUGCUCCCUCUCGACCUGGCACCCCUGCCUUUGGCACCCCCGAACCCUCUCGUCCGCCAUCCCCGAUCGAAGAGAAAAAUCGGUCAGGGCAUCGCCAUCACCACCAUCACCACUCGCACCUUUUGCGCGAACUGCAUCUCUCUCUUUCGCAUCACCAUCAGCGCGAGCAUGUCGUUGGCGUUUUCGAAUCGCAGCGAUACCUCGACCUCGAGUCCACACACUUUGCGCAUCCGAUGUCGUCUCAUUUCACCGAGCGCGCCACGUUUCUACUAAAAGAGAGUUGUGAUGAGCUCUUGGAGGGCUGUGCGAACUCCUUGAAGGGUCUUGAUUUCUGGCUCGAGCAGUCGAGGACGAAUCGCUUCGCAUUCUGGAGGAAUGAACAGACCAUCCAGCGCGUUCACAACGAGCGUUUAGAAGCAAUACAGACCGUGACCACUAAUCUGGCAGACAUCUUGAAACGGUUUCGGAAGGAUAAAAGACAUCUGGUCGUCGAUCCAUACAGGUCCGCGUUUGAUCCUAGACAUAUUGGUUCAAUCACCGGAGAAGAUGUACCUCCCCAUCGCUACCUCUUUCACUGUUACGUGUAUCAAUAUCAUUUAAUGCACUUCUCAAUGAACCUCCUUGAUUUGUUACAAGAGGCCACCGAUCUCGAAGAAAAACGUAUCAGCUCUCGACUCUGGUUUCCUUCUAUGCCGGUGGGCAAUCUUUUCACCUGGAGCAUAUGGGAUCAGACCGUCGAUCUAGAUCGCGAAGACGAUGAAAACCCUGAUAUCAUCCAAGGCAUGGACAGUGCGUGGAUGGGGGAUCUUGGGAUGGCGGAGCGGCGAGACCCAGACGCCUUACCUCCUCGCAACCUUUUCGAGAGUCUCAUGAACCUUCUGCAUCGGAUGCUCGAAGCGCUUUCCAGCGGGAACGUUCUUUUUGCCAUCAAGGCCGGCGUUCUCACAAUCUUACUAUCUCUACCCUCCUUGCUGCAGUCUUCUGCUAGCUUCGCAUAUGGUCAACGAUUCAAUUGGGCAAUUUUCAUGGGGCAGUUGACGAUUGCACGAUGGCGUGGCGACACCACGUUCGGACUCGUGGCGCGCAUCAUGAGCACAUUCCUAGGCGGAAUCGUAGGCUCUGCUGUAUGGUAUAUCUCUACGGGGACAGGCCAUGGGAGUCCCUACGGGCUGGCUGCUACGUGCGCAGUUGCCUUCCCGCUUUUCUUUUACGCAAGACUGUACUGGCCUGGGCCACCUAUGACAAACCUGAUCUUUUUCGUUACGACUGCCUUGACUUUGGGAUAUUCGUGGCAAAAUACACACUUCCGCGUGGGAACCUUUGCGUACUACGGGAUCAACCUUGCUUGGAGGAGAUUUGUCCUUGUGGCUGCUGGAGUCACCGCUGCAUUCGUGUUCUCUUUCCUUCCCCCGUCGACCACCCUACGACGUUAUCAACGGAAUACGCUGGCGACUACAGCAUCCGAAAUAGGCACCGUAUACUGCUCGAUUGUCUCCUUCGCCAACGCCCGGAACACUGAAGACACGCAAGAGAUUAUACAGAGUUUGAUCGCGAUCCGCAUGAAGCUGAAGCGCUCUGUUGUAUUACGAACUAACAUCAUUUACGAGUUCUCACUGCGCGGAAGGUGGCCCGCGGAGAGAUAUCACAAGAUAUUAGAAAUUCAACUACAGAUUGCCUACCUGUUAUCGCACCUUAUGUCGGUGGUCGAGCACCUCGAACCCGCGUGGUCGCGCGCGUUCCUCAGAAGGACACGCUUCCUCGACGCCGACUUUCAGGGCGACGUCCUCGCUGUCAUUAGCCUCGUAUCGACGGCGAUCAGGACAGGCAACCCCCUGCCGCAGAUAACGCCGUGCCCGCUCUUUGACCGGUUCAUCCAACACCAGCACGGUUUGAAUGUCAUUCGGCAGGAGGCGGACGACGACUAUGGGCUCCCGCGCACGAUGACGAUCGACACGCUCGAGAACGAGCAGUACCUGUGUUUCUGCGUCGGCGUAUCUACGGCCUUCGGAAUCGUGACGCGGCUCGACCGGCUCAUGGUGGCGACGAAGGAGCUUGUCGGGGAACAGUACCACAUCCAUGGCGUUGGGUUCGUGUCCAAGACGGGCGGGGUCGAGAUGAGUACGCGGACGAGCUCGCUCAGGCCCGGGCACGACGCGUGAGUGGCCGGGAGUUUUUUUUUUCAGUUUCUGGUUUUCUGGUUGCUUUCUCGUUGUUUGUGAAUAGGGUGUCAUUGGAAGGCGGUGGGGUCGGGAUGGGAUACAUAGGUAGCAUGAUGGGUCAAAGACGUUUUCUCUAGUUUCAGUUUCAGUUUUUGGGUUUCAAGUUGGUUC